AUGGGUAUUAAUUUUAGCGGCUCUGUCGAUCGCGCUCGACAUCCAGAACAAUAUCCCGACCGAUCCAAAGGACCAACAUUUGAUCCGCUAUACGGCUUUCCGGAUGGUCGUAAACCAAAAGUUGCUCCCUACACUCAAGAAGAAAUGCAAACUUUGAAUAUUCCUCUUGACAAACGAGACUAUUGUGCUCAUUAUUUUCGCGCUAUUAUGUUAUGUACACAACAGUAUUGGCCAGCACAGUAUGGCUAUUGUGAACCCGAACGCCAUGCUUGGGAGCAAUGCGAAUAUAAAAGUAAACUUGAUGAUGCCAAAGAAUACGAACGAGAACUACGUUUACGUCGACGACGAUUACGUAAAGAAGAAAAAGCAAGCCGUGAAUUAACACAUGAAGAUCAUCCAGCUGGCAAUGAAGAAUAG